UUAGCACUAGCCGCUUCAGGAGUUCAUGUUUACGCAUGACGUAUAACAUCUAAUCUCCUGAGAGCUGAGGUCUGUCCGUCCAGACCCCAAGGACCUGUCCGUCCAGACCCCGAUGACCUGAGUCUCACUGACCAGACUGUCAUUGUCAUCAGGUCCGGAUCAUGGCUGGCGAUGAAGAAACAGAGAAGGUUAUCUGGACCGAGUCGACACUCGCCGCUACAGUCAGCUGCUCACACAUCGCUCUAUAUUAAAUAAUAACACCAUCCGUCGUCAUGGGAAGGAUCAGCAUCUCCUGCCUGUUCCCAGCCUCCUGGCAUUUCAGCCUUUCGUCCCAUGUACUUCCACGGAUCUUACAGCCUUCCUUCAGACAGCUGCUCUUACUUGGCCUGGUUUUGUGCCUGGUGGGACUGCUGUACCUGAUGUUCUUUAUUGGAAAGGGACACACCAUUUGGACUAAAGAGGAAAGCCACUUCCACAGACACUUGGCUCGAGUCACAAGCGUGGAGGCGACGGACACCAGCAACCCCACGCUGAACUAUGGCUUAGUGGUGGACUGCGGCAGCAGCGGCUCCCGGGUGUUUGUGUACUGCUGGCCGCGCCACAACGGGAACCCCCACGAGCUCCUGGACAUCAGGCAGAUGAGGGACCAGCACCGCAAGCCGGUGGUGAUGAAGAUAAAGCCAGGGAUCUCUGAAUUGGCCACAUCACCAGAGAAGUCUAGUGACUACAUCUACCCCCUGCUGAGCUUUGCAGCCCAACACAUCCCCAAGAACAAGCACCAGGAGACGCCCCUUUACAUCCUGUGCACCGCUGGCAUGAGGCUCCUGCCUGAGAGUCAACAAGAAGCUAUUUUGGAGGAUCUGCGGACAGACAUCCCUGUCGUCUUCAACUUCCUCUUCUCUGACUCCCAUGUGGAGGUCAUCUCUGGCAAGCAGGAAGGUGUCUACGCAUGGAUCGGAAUAAACUUUGUACUGGGAAGGUUUAACCAUGUCCACAACGACGGCCAGGCCGUAGUGGAGGUGCAGCUCCCAGGAGGCGACCAACAGGAGGCGCUGGUGAGAAAGAGAACAGCAGGCGUCCUCGAUAUGGGGGGCGUGUCCACGCAGAUAGCGUACGAAGUGCCCAAAACCGAGGAGGUCGCCAAGAACCUCCUGGCGGAGUUCAACCUUGGCUGCGACGCCCACCGCACAGAGCACGUCUACCGCGUCUACGUCUCCACCUUCCUGGGCUUCGGGGGCAACGCGGCGCGCAGGCGCUACGAGGAGAGCCUGGCUCAGAGCACCGCUACCAAAAACAAGCUCCUGGACCAGCAUGCCGGGGAGACGGCCGAGUCCCCCCUGCUGGACCCGUGCCUCCCCUCCCACCUGCAGGACCAGGUGGGUGCGCUGCACCUCCGGGGCACCGGGGACUUCGACCGCUGCCGGCUGCUCCUCCAGCCGUUCCUCAACCGCACCGAGGAGAGCCACACCUCGCUCAACGGCGUCUACCAGCCCGCCAUCGACUACGGCAACAGCCAGUUCUACGGCUUCUCCGAGUUCUACUACUGCACGGAGGACGUGCUGCGCAUGGGAGGGGACUACAACGCCAGCCGCUACGCCCAGGCCGCCCGGAGUUACUGUGCAACGCAGUGGAAAACCUUGAAGGAGCGCUUCGACCACGGCCUGUACGCAUCGCAUGCAGACCUUCACAGACUGAAGUACCAGUGUUUUAAAUCUGCAUGGAUGCAUGAGGUUUUCCACUCGGGAUUCUCCUUCCCGGCAGAAUAUAAAAACCUGAAGACGGCCCUCCUUGUCUACGACAAAGAGGUGCAGUGGACUCUGGGAGCCAUCCUCUACCGGACCCGCUUCCUGCCCCUAAGGGACAUCCAGCAGGAGGGGCUGAAGGCGGUCCACUCCCACUGGCGCCACGGCUUCUCGCUGUUCAACAACCACUACCUGUUCCUGGCCUGCUUCAUGGUGGUGCUGCUGUCCAUCGCGCUCUACGUGCUGCGCCUUCGCCGCAUCCACCGGCGCGGGGGGGAACGCCGUAUGCCGUCCUCUGUCACCUGGCUGGAGGAGGGCCUCCUCUCGCCCCCCCUCCCCAUCACACUCUGAACCCCUCCCCCCACCCCUGAAACAUCGACGUCUUCGCUCGCAUGUCUGACCCAUCCUUCUCCAGCACCUCCAUCAAGAUGCUGCUCCUUAUGACCCCGCCCCCCAUGGAGAGAGACCCCGCCCCCCAUGGAGAGAGACCCCGCCCCCCAUGGAGAGAGACCCCGCCCCCCCCAUGGAGAGAGAC